AUGUCCUUAAACAAUGAUGGGCGAGACGUGAAAGGUCAAAUCAAAAUCGGGCACUAUAUCUUGAAGGAUACUCUCGGAGUGGGGACAUUUGGAAAAGUAAAAGUCGGAAUUCAUGAAGUAACCGGCUACAAAGUCGCUGUCAAAAUCCUCAACCGGCAAAAGAUCAAAACGCUCGAUGUUGUGGGGAAAAUUCGACGAGAGAUCCAAAAUCUAUCGCUUUUUCGUCAUCCACACAUCAUUCGAUUAUAUCAAGUAAUCUCCACUCCAACUGAUAUCUUCAUGAUUAUGGAAUAUGUGUCUGGUGGAGAGCUCUUCGAUUACAUUGUCAAGAAUGGAAGGUUAAAAACCCCGGAAGCUCGGCGCUUCUUCCAGCAGAUUAUUUCUGGCGUUGACUAUUGUCAUCGCCACAUGGUCGUUCAUCGAGAUUUAAAACCCGAAAAUUUACUACUAGAUGAACAUCGAAAUGUGAAGAUUGCUGAUUUUGGUCUUUCAAAUAUUAUGACGGAUGGAGAUUUCCUGAGGACUAGUUGCGGGUCGCCAAACUAUGCAGCACCUGAAGUGAUCAGUGGAAAACUCUACGCUGGCCCAGAGGUUGAUGUUUGGUCUUGCGGGGUCAUUCUUUAUGCGCUUCUUUGUGGAACACUUCCUUUCGAUGAUGAACACGUGCCAACUCUAUUCAGAAAGAUUAAAGCUGGAGUCUUCCCUGUUCCCGACUACCUCGAUAAAUCAAUCGUCAACUUGCUCCAUCACAUGAUGACAGUCGAUCCAAUGAAGAGAGCAACGAUCAAACAAGUCAUAAGUCACGAAUGGUUUCAAAAGGAUCUGCCUGCUUAUCUCUUCCCACCAGUGAACGAAUCCGAAGCGAGCAUCGUUGACAUUGAAGCUGUUAGAGAAGUUACUGAGCGUUACAACGUUCCCGAAGAGGAGGUGACUUCAGCUCUCCUUGGUGACGAUCCUCAUCACCAUCUCUCAAUCGCUUACAAUUUAAUUGUCGACAAUAAAAGAAUUGCUGAUGAAACGGCAAAGCUCUCAAUCGAGGACUUUUAUCAAGUGAAUGCGAACAAUCCUGAUGGAAUGCGUCAUCCGGAGAGAAUUUCAGCUAAUGUUAGCUCAAAGAUCACUGCUUCACUUGAGAACGCCGACUCGAUCUCACCAACACAGAAAGACGCAAAGACUUCGCAAAUCAAGAAAGCCAAAUGGCAUCUAGGAAUUAGAAGCCAGAGUCGACCAGAAGACAUCAUGCAAGAAGUCUACCGCGCGAUGAAGACGCUUGACUUCGAGUGGAAGGUCCUUAACCCAUACCACGUGAUCGUUCGCCGUCGUCCCGAGAAUUCAACCCAGGAUACUCCGAGAAUGAGCCUUCAACUCUACCAAGUUGACAAUAGAAGCUAUCUUCUUGAUUUCAAAAGUCUCGUUGAAGAAGAACCCAGCUCAGCGUGCUCUUCUCGUCAUCCAUCGAUCUCUUAUGCAACAAAGCCAGCUUUGAGAAACAAUCGAGCACAGAGUUUACCUAUGCCAAUGGAUGUUGGGUUUAAACCACAAGAUGUCGAGUCCCCUCCGCCAUCACCGGGUGAUUGUAUCUUGGACUUCAUCAGCCAUGUGAACAUCUUGACCAAGACUGUGGAGACUGUGAAUGGAACGAAGUUCAACAAAUACACUCUUCAACACUUGGAGAUCCUUAAGGGCGGUCUCGAACUUCCCUCAGUCGUUCUCGUCCCAAUGGGUCCAUGUGGAUUGGAAUUGGAGGCCAAUGUCGAAUAUCUUCUCUCUGGAGUGUUGACCGAAACCCAUUCAUCUCAUUUCAGUGUCCUUCCCGGUCUUGAUGCUCUUGGUGGUUUGACUGGAGAUCUUGGUGGAGUUGGUGGACUCACUGGUGGUUUGGGUGGAUUGACUGGCGGACUUGGAGGUCUUACCGGAGUUGUUGGUGGACUCACCAAUGGAUUGGGACUUGGUGACUUGCUCGGUGGCUUG